UUCUCACCCUGCCUCUCAGAGCCGUCACACAUUCUUUGGUUCGCCGACGCCUCGGACACACCUCAGCCGACACAGCCAUGUCUGACUUCUCGGAAGAUCAAAUCCUCGAGUUUAAGGAGGCAUUCCUGCUGUUCGACAGGACAGGAGAUGGGAAGAUCAGCUUCAGUCAGUGUGGGGACGUCAUGCGGGCCCUGGGACAGAACCCUGUCAACGCUGAGGUGCUUAAGGUCCUGGGCAACCCCAAGGCUGAGGAGAUGAAUACCAAGAUGCUAGAUUUUGAGCAGUUCCUGCCCAUGUUCCAGGCCAUCGCUAAGAAUAAAGAUCAGGGCUCCAUGGAGGAUUUUGUGGAGGGACUGCGUGUCUUUGACAAGGAGGGCAACGGCACAGUAAUGGGGGCAGAGCUACGUCACGUCCUCACCACGCUAGGUGAGAAAAUGACAGAGGAGGAAGUGGAGACGCUCUUGGCGGGACACGAAGAUGCAAAUGGCUGCAUCAAUUAUGAAGCAUUUGUCCGCCACAUCAUGUCAGGCUGAGGGCCGAACUGGUCAGGAUGGUCAUGAACGGGUGAAGACGAAGAGCAUCCCACUUUUUUUUUUUACCCUGUCACAUGUACCCUCUUUUUGCAGUUGGCAUUCUACAUUCCCCCCACCCUCACCCCCCCAGCCUUUUCCAUGGAUUCAUCUUCCUCAUUUAAUUUAAAAAGUGCCUUUACAUUCCCCACAAAAGACAACGUUUGACCCUGGCCAUUGCAGCCAGUACAUUCACACGUGACCAACUUGUAUGCAUUCAGGAGUCUUUGUGCGUGCAUUGUUUGCAAUAACAUUCCAAAAUGCAGCACUUAAGACUUCUUAAAUUUGGAUAAUGAUAUAUUGUAACUAUUGCUACUAGUGUGUCAGUAUUGGAUGGGACAUUAAUAUAUAUGCAUCGUAACUGUUAGCGACCUACUGUAUCAUUGGCUAAGACUUGCUUUGGCUGAGGAACAUGUUCCUCUGAUAUCACGGUAAACCAGUAUAUUCAAAGCCAUACUAUCAUGAGGUAGAAAGGAACAUUUCAAAUGGGUUCCCAUGUUUUUAAUUCACCCUACUUUUGUUGCUGCAUUUAAAUAAAUGUCUUUCCUCAAAACCUA